CUCAGUUGUGCUUGUCACAGACUGUAGAUGCCAUGCCAAGUUGUGGCAUAUCUAAUCUGCCAUGGCAUCUACAGAGGAGCUUCAAUGGCCUCUAGCAGCUUAUCGGAGAAGACAACAUGAAGGAGUCGGAGCCAAAUGGAGGGCUCCCCGGACCCAUUUGCAUGCUGAGAUGGUGAAGAAGCGUCGAGAUCCAACACGCUCUCCGAAGCGGGAGUUGGAGGAAGCACUCCGAGCCUUGCAGGCAGGAGACCUCCAGGCCGUUGAGCAGCUCAUGCAGCGAGAGCAUGAGACACCGGUGCCGGAGGACUGGCAGCGACGCUACUGCGACGGUGCUCGAGCCUACUGGGAUCAGUUCUACCGCGAACGGACGGUGAACUUCUUCAAAGAUCGGCACUACCUGCGCGAGGAGUUCGCCGAGCUGAUGCCCGCACACGUCCUGGCCGAUCCGAAACGCUGGGUGGAUGAGUUGGAAUCUGGCCCGGAAGUGAUUGACUUGAAGAAAGCAGCCUUGGAAACGAAGACAGUCCUUCUGGAGCUUGGCUGUGCAGUGGGCAAUGGUCUGAUCCCAAUGCUCCGAGCCAAUCCGGAUUUAUUCGGCGUGGGCUGUGACCUCUCCGCCGAAGCAGUGGGACUUUUGCGCAGCAAGGAUGAGUAUCGCUGUGGCCGCUGCUUUGCCUUCCCCUCGGACAUCACGAAGGGAGCUGACCAGCCCACGGCCGAGCAUCGGGCCCUGGAGGAGCAGCUCCCUGCUGGCUCUGUGGACUUCGCGACGCUGCUCUUUGUGCUCAGUGCCAUCGAUCCGGAGCAGCACAGCCAGACCUUGCAGCGGAUCUUGAGUGUUCUCAAGCCCGGCGGAAUGGUUAUGGUGCGCGACUACGGUCGAGGUGACCUUGCACAGCUGCGCUUCGGUGCUGGCCACUGGAUGGGCGGAGACCGCUACGUGCGUGGUGACGGCACUCUGGCGGUGUUCCUCACUGACUCAGGCCUCCGGGAGACCUUCGAAGCUGUGGGAUUUGUCUCGCUCAGCUGCGAGUACAAACGCAACGAGGUGGUCAACCGUGGCACCGGCGUUGUGAUGCCUCGCGGCAUUUACGGAUUUUUGUGGCGAAGAGCCAGGUAUUGAUGGCGCCCUGGUUUUUAUAUCAGGUGAUUCACAACGUUUGAAGCAUAUUGUCAAGAUGUGCCUGCCUCGGCCUUCUACUACUCAUACUCAUAGGUUUAGAGUAAAGGUGGCUUGGCACACAACUCUAGUCACAAAAAACUGUUUGGAGCCACUUCUUUUGUGAUAUAGGAUUGUGGCGAACGCCGGCAACAUUCGAGCGACAAACAAACUGAAUUAAUCCUUUCGGAACACAUUGUUCAUCUAUGUUAAUGUGAAUCCAUACAAUAGAAACCUAAACCAUCCUAAAAUAUCCUAAACCAACAUAGUUUAAUUUGCUGUUGAGUUCCUGUCCUUCCAGUCAACUGGAGGUUCCUGUUCCAGACUGAGGUUUGGGUUCAAGGCACUUUCCAGCGACCUGCUUGACGACCUGGAAUGACCUGGACAAGGCAAUGGGGACAAGCUGAGGCAACCGCCGAUCAUCUGGAUCAACGACCUCCCACGGUGGAUCUCGUCCUCUCUGGUGCGAGGACCUCUCCGGUGAAGCACCGAAA